UUGGACGUCACAGUAGAGACCAUUUAUGACGACAUUAGCAAAGUCAUAGAGGACAUUCUGAGAGAAGUGUGCGGAGAUGCGACAAAUACAUACGACAUUAAAACGGACGCGAAUUGUGGAGAAUGUUCUAGAAACGUCUGUGAUGCAAAUUGUGACAACUUUUAUGGGGAGGAUAGCGAUAAAAAUACACUAAUAAACAAACUAGCGGGAAAAACCGAUGCGUUUGAUUUAUCGGAAUUCUCCAAUUUAAUGAAAGCAAAAGCCGACGAGAAGUUUGAGGUGGAAAAUUGUGAUGAAUUUCUUACGAAGGAUAAUUUUUAUGAAACCAAGUCUAGUAUUCAAAAAUUAGAAGUUAAUACGGAUGGAAACUCCGAUUCCGAUCAAUCAAGUAUUCAAAAAUUAGAAGUUAGUACGGAUACAUCCGAGUCGAUUGGAAACUCUGAUUCCGAUGAAGACAUGGGAUGGAAUUCAACGACAAAAUCUAACUUUGGAGACAGCAACACGCGUGAAACUGAAGCCGUCAGCCCUAACCCAAACCUGACAGUAUUUCAGCUUGUAGAGCAGGCCAGGUAUAGGGGUGUACCUGGUAUACUUGACCUCGGGUCAGAGGUCAACGCCACGAAUGACCGAGGGGAGACGGCCUUGGCAGUGGCGAUCAGAGAUGAUGACAGGGUUGCUAGAGACGCGCUACUGGAAGCUGGUGCCUCACGACCAAGAUUUCAUAACCGAUGGAAUAAAACGUCUGGCAUUUAUUUCAGGAACGACCAAGUCAGGUUCCCAUUCGACAGUGUAGAUGACCAAGUUCUUGAGAUCUCAGUGGCGGCCAGUGAAGGGUUAACACGUCUCGUGGUCAUCUGUAGCACGCUAGGGGUUAACAUCAACGCACGAAAUAGCUUGGGCAGGAACGCGCUGAUGUUAGCUAUUGAGAGAAAUGAUUUGCCAGCAGUUAUCGCCCUUGUUGAGGCUGGUAGCUACUACACAGAAGCUAUGUUUAUUGACGCUCUUCGGGCGAAAAAUAUCGAGUUGUUUACUAUUCUGUUAAGGGGAGUCCGCGACAAAGACUUGCGUUUAUCUGACAGUCUGGUUUCAGAAAUUUUGUAACACCCCGAAGACAUGUUGAUCCAAAUUUUGAAAGAUCAGAACACCCCUGGACAAGAAACGUUCUUGAUGCGGGCUGUAAGGAUGAACCAUCUUCAAGGAGUUCAACGUCUGCUUCAAGCGGGAGCGGGGUUUGGUAAAAUCUGCAACGGCAAGUUAGCUUUACAUCUAGCUGUAGUGUUCGCUGAUUUGAGGAUUAUCUCAUUACUUUUGGCUAACAAUGCGUGCGUUAAUCUUCCAGAUCAUGUAGGGGACACUGCUUUAAUUUUAGCUACCAUGCGAAAUGAUAGUGAAAUAUUAAAUUUAUUAAUAGACAACGGCGCUUUAGUUAAUUUUAAGAAUCGUGAAGGACAGACAGCUUUACUUAAAGCUGUUUCAGGAAAGUUUACAACAAGCGUUAGAUGUCUUCUAGAAAGAGGAGCGGAUGUAAGCAUCAUAGACCAGAAUGGAAACACAGCGUUAAUUUUAGCAUCAAUGAACGGCAGUAUGGAUGUCGUACAAAUGUUAACACAAGCAGGGGCUGAUGUUAACAUGGUGAACUCUGAAGGUGAGACAGCUUUGUUAGCGGCUGUAGCAGGGUCAAGGUUAGAAACCGUCAACUUCCUGUUGGAUUUUAACGUUGACUUGAAUCACAAAAACAAAUCGGGGAACUCCGCGCUAAUUAUAGCAGCUGAGCAGAAUGACGUCAGCUGCGUAGAGGCUUUGCUAGCGAGAGGAGCGGAUGUGAAUCAGAUAAACACAAAUGGAGAUACAGCGUUGAUGAUAGGGUCAGCACAUGGAUCAGUUGAGAUGGUGAAGAGUUUACUAUUUUAUGAAGCUGACGCCAAUUUGAAAGACGUGUACGGAAAUUCUUCUCUAGUUUCGUGUGUAGCUCGCUACACCAAUGUGCUGUCUGGCGAGAAAGCUUGUUGCGAAAAUUUUGCCGACUUCCUAGAAGACGAGAAACCAAAAUUAGUUUUAAUUAUAAAAAGUUUGAUAGAAGCUAGCGCAGACGUUAACGACGUCACGAAUAGAGAAGGGAACCCCGUUUUGUUUGACGUCAUCCGAGCCGGUGACCUUGACCUGGUGAAACUUUUUCUCCCCACGGCUGACCUUGAGCAGCGUGACCUUGAUGGCAACACGGCCGCCAUUGUCGCCAGCGAAGCGGGACGGCUACCCAUCCUGCAGGAGCUGUUGGGGCGAGGCGCAUGCGUCAACGCCGCCAACAGCAGCUGUUUGACAGCCCUACACAAGGCUAUCAUGAUGUCAGACGUGGACAUGGUCAAGACGCUGAUUGCUGCGGGGGCUGAGGUCAAUCUUGACGACCCGGAUGGAAACGUGUAUCUAAAUUUAGCUCAAAGCCUGGAUAAUACUGAUGUUGUGGAAGCGCUAAAGACCGCCCUAGGUCUUCAACACGACCCAAUGAAGGUUUUCUAGAUCAUUUGAUAAU